GUGUCUGGUGGUUUGCGUGGCAGUGGCGGUGUUGGAUGGUAACAGUGACUGUGGUGGGAGUGGCAGUGACUGGCGUGGGCGGGGACGGUCCAGAGUCAUUAUUCACGAAGGCUGGGUCAACAUGGCAGCCAGACUACUCCCAAAACAAACUACUCGCUCUCAUCAUCAAGGAUUAUCACAGCCACAACCACAACACUAGCCCCCUCAACCACAUCUCCAGCCUCCACAAUCACACCUCCAGCCUCCACAACCCACACUCCAGCCUCCACGAGCACUCCACCAGCCUCCACAACCAUCCCACUAGUAACCACAACCAAGGCAUCUUCUUCAGUAUAGUAAAUAGGAAUGGUAAUAUUCACAAAUUGCUGGAAGAGUUCGUCGGUACAAGCGUCUUAGAUAAGGUUACUCAAUAUUUCUUCAACAAAUUGGGUGUAUCUGAGAGUCGGAGUUUCGGAUCUACCAGUGUUGUGAGAAACUCUUUCUCCAAAGACCAUGUUUCCCAGCACUCCACCUACAAUCAACCUCAUACUGCACAGGACUCAGCCUACCAUCAACUUCAUACUGCAGAGGACUCAGCCUACCAUCAACUUCAUACUGCAGAGGACUCAGCCUACCAUCAACUUCAUACUGCAGAGGACUCAGCCUACCAUCAACCCUACUCUACAGAAGACUCAGCCUACCAUCAACCUCAUACUGCAGAGGACUCAGCCUACCAUCAACUUCAUACUGCAGAGGACUCAGCAUACCAUCAACCCUACUCUACAGAAGACUCAGCCUACCAUCAACCUCAUACUGCAGAGGACUCAGCCUACCAUCAACCUCAUACUGCAGAGGACUCAGCCUACCAUCAACGUGACAACAACUGGCACUACGGCAGCGGCGUAGCAACUUACGUGGAAGACUUCGACACCCGCUCUUCGAGCUACGCUGAAGUCGAUGAGUAUCAUGAGAUGCCAUUGAAAGGUGCUUGUAUAAACAUGCACAGCAGCUACUACACUGGUCUCACCUGUAUUGAUCUGUACUCUGCACUCUCCAUAGCUGCCUUGGCCGUCCUCCUUCAAUUUAUCUACUACUUCAGUGUUGCUCUCUUGUGCCCCAAUGCCGGCAACAGAAAGCUGGUUUUUAACAUCACUAACGACAACUUCGUAAAAGUGUCCUCGGUGCAAGGCAGUCAGACUCAGCUUCAGAACCAGAGUCAGAACGAAAAUCAGAAUCAGAAACAGGAAGAACAUCAAGAUCAGCAUCAAGCACAGAUGGAGUCUCAGACACAGUCCCAGGCCCAGUCCCAAACCGAGUCUCAAUUUCAGGAUCAGUCACAGACAGUAAGUGUAACGGCUAGAGGUUUCAGGAGUCUCCGGCAAACCGGAAGUCACAGCGUUAGGAACGAAGCUGACGAGUUUCACCAAGACUCCUUCUAGCCUUGUCAGAUGUUGGCAUUCAUGAGCAUCGGGACCUAAUCCAACCAAAAUCCAAAUAUAUUUCUCAGCGUCAUCGUAGUUUAGAUAAGAAAAUUAAAAUGCUCAAACUAGAUCAGCACGUCCCCCAAAAUUCGGAUUCCCUGGAAAACUCAGAAGAAUGGUCUGAGUGGCCAAGAAGGGAGGAGAAGAAGGGGUCCUUCAUGAAAUCUAGCUCAAAUCUGUCAAACUUCAAGGAUUUGUUUACACCUUUCCUAGACUGGAAUGAAUUUAGUUUCCCUUCAUUAAACUGGCCAAAUUUUGACAUACCUUUAGGAAAAUGGAUUACUAUGAGUCUACCUUCAAUUUCCGUGGGAGAUGAAAGGCUACUUCAUUCAUUUUGCAAAUUUCUUAUAGGCUGAAAAAUAAUGUAAUUUGUUACCUGUUAUUAUUAUAGUAUUACUAAUUAUUAUAAUUGCUGCAAUUAAAAUUAUUAUUAUAAUUAUAUUGCUAAUUAUUACUAAUUACAUAAUUAACAGGGUAAUAGUAAUUAUAAACCGCUAUUACUCACAAUAUUAUAACAGUGAUAGUGGUAGUAGUAGUGAUAGUGGUAAUAGAAGUACUAGGUAGUAGGUUGGUAGACAACAAC